CCGCACGAGUGCGACAUCUGCGGAGCCGCGUUUGCGCAGGCGCGCUAUCUGGUCGAUCACAAGAAGACGCACUCAAACAAUCGGCCGCAUAAGUGCGAGCAGUGCGGCGCCGCCUUCAAGCGCUCCGGAGCUCUCACCGAGCACAAGCGUAUCCACACGGGCGAGAAGCCCUUCAAGUGCGACCAGUGCGACGCCGCCUUUGCACAAGCAGGCCACCUCGCGCGUCACAAGCGGACGCACUCCAAGCCUUUCGUCUGUAGCAUGUGCCCCGCGACCUUUGUGGAGGCGAGUGCGCUGGUGAGACACAAGCGAGCGCACCAGGAG